CGAGUUGCUCCGGCGUGCGGUGAUCGGCGCUCCCACCUGCUGCAGGGCUACAGAACGCCGCUCCCAGGCUGUCCUCAGAUAAAGCAGCUCUGUCCCUGACAAGUACUGCUGGCCAUCAUCUCUGACCCAAGCACACAGAACAAGGCAGGCAUGAGACCCCAUGGGACCUGACCCCAUAGCAUCUGACCCUGCUGGGCUUUGCAGGAGAAAAGGGAACAGCUGACACCCACCAGCAGUGCCACAGGACUCAGCUCCAGCCCCAGAUGGACUGGGUCACACAAGAAAUUUGCAGGGGCACAUCAUUUCUAGGUCACAUCACCUCAGCAGACUGAAUGCGUGAAGGGGACUCUACUGUGAUCUCCAAGACCAUUGUAGGCCCAAAUUUGGUUUGGAAGGAACUCCAGGGCUGCGUGGUAGAGGCUCACUCCAAGCAUCUAUAGAACCACUGACAGCAGAACCGUUCCACCCAUGCAACUGCACUAUGGAUCCAUGUGGCAACCUCACAAACCCUUCAAGAAACAUGGACUUCCCUCUGCAGCUGCUGGUCGGGUCCUGCCUGGCCCUGCUCAUCGUGUUCACUCUCUGUGGUAACAUCAUUGUGUGCCUGGCAGUCACUCUGGACCGCCGGCUCCGCAGCCUGACCAACUGCAUCAUCGUCUCGUUGGCCAUCACUGACCUGCUGCUGGCCCUGCUGGUGCUGCCCUUCUCCGCCUUCUAUGAGGUCACCAGCGAGUGGCCCUUUGGCAGCACGUUGUGCAACAUCUACCUCAGCCUGGAUGUCAUGCUGUGCACGGCCUCCAUCCUCAACCUCUUCAUUAUCAGCCUGGACCGCUACUUUGCCGUCACCACCCCGCUGCGCUACCAGCAGCUGGUCACCCCAUCCCGCGUGGCUGUGGCCCUGAUUGUUAUUUGGACAGUUUCACUGAUGGUCUCCUUCCUCCCCAUCCACCUGGGGUGGAAUACCAAUGGGACAACGGUUCAGAACACUACACCCAACUGCACCAGGGAGUGCAAGCUGGAGGUGAAUUCUGUGUACGGACUGGUGGACUCCUUGCUCACCUUCUAUAUCCCUCUGGUCAUCAUGUGCGUCACCUACUACCGGAUAUUCAAGAUAGCGAGGGAGCAAGCCAAGAGGAUAAACCACACGUGGUGCUGCAGCAGCAACAGCCCCAUGCCACCCAUGGUGAAGGAGCACAAAGCCACUGUGACUCUGGCAGUGGUGAUGGGAGCCUUCAUCAUUUGCUGGUUCCCCUAUUUCACAGUGUUCACAUACAGAGGGGUGUGGGGGGACAGCAGUGUGAAAGGCACACCCAUGUCCAUCGUCCUCUGGCUGGGCUAUGCCAACUCAGCACUGAACCCCAUCCUCUACGGGACAUUCAACAGAGAUUUUCGGGUGGCAUACCAACACUUGUUGCACUGCUGCAGGACAGGGGACCCCAAGAACUCCCUACAGAAGGGUCAGCCCCGGGGCAGGAGCUGCGGGGAGAGCCUGGAUGGACAGGAGGGGAAAUGCCUGAAGCUGGAGAUGAGGAAUGGGAAGGGCAUCUUGCUGACAGAUGGAGCCCUGCAGAGUGACGGAGCUUUCCCGUGAGCCUCAGCCACCCCAUCUCCUGGCCUCCUCUCCCAACUGCCCUCUUCCAGCACUCUGCAAGGCUGAAAGGACACACACAGACUUCCCUUGGGGAGAAACCUGAGAGCAGAGGCAAGGGCUGCAGGGUGAGUACAGGGCUGGGGUUUCAGGGUGCUGCUGUGUUUAAUGAAUGGGGACAUCCACUGCAUUUUUCUGGGUCCAGCCAUCCCAUCCCAGAAGUCAGCAGUACGGGGAGCAAAGGCACCAGAGGUACACCCUCCCUCUGGGAGCAUUUGCUCUCCAAACCCACGGCAACUGCCCAGAGCUGUCCCUUCUCUUUCCCCAGCUGCUCUUGAAGUGUGAGAGUACAGAAAACACUUCAUGAUUCUCUGGAAGACACUGCCAGCUCCCCUUGCCAUUAUGGGAGCAGCCAUUAUGCACUGCAGAGGCAGCUGUGCCAGAUCGCAGCUUUCCAGCACACUGUUUUUUUGCAAGCCUACAUCAGUGCUGUGAGUCACCACCUGACUGGACUCCCAGGUUGGGAGACUGACAAUGGGCAUCUCCACCAUCCCCAGCAGCACUGGGCAGAGGAUAUGGCCAUUUGCCCCUGUGCAAUGGGUUGCCUCUGGGCUCCCGAGAGCCACUCUGUACAGCCCUCCUCUUCAAGGACUGGGCAAGGUCAUCCCGACCUCCACACACACUCUCUUAAACACUGCAUGCUGAUAACCUGGGCUCUCCUGUAUUGAUUGUACCCAGGGGGUGAAAAAUGAGGUCACCCACACACUGCGGCUGGAGGAGCACAUCCCAGCCAAGGUCAUGCUGACAGCCCCAUAUAUGGGGCCCCACUGGGGUAUGGGUCCCUGGGUGUGACGUACAGAGGUGACAGCAUGGGGAGAGCACAGCACAGAGGCUGCUCCCGGGGGGGACAAAUUACCCCGAACCCAAGCAGGGGGUGUCUCGAGCCUCCUAGCCAGCAGGACA